AUGGUUAUAUGUUGUUCUCCCGCAGCAUUUAACGAGGCUGAAACAAAAUCUACUUUGAUGUUCGGAAUGCGAGCAAAGACUAUUAAAAAUAUGGUGACUGUAAAUGAAGAGCUGACUGCAGAUGAAUGGCGCCGCAGAUACGAAAAGGAAAAGGCAAAAGUAAAUCGACUUAGAGUUGUAAUAAACAAACUAGAAGCAGAAAUUAAAAAAUGGCGUGCAGGCGAGAGCGUUAUCCAAUCAGAAUGGUUUACGGAAGCCCAUUACUCAACUGCAGUCGAGGAGGAACAAGGAACAGCCACUCAUGCUCCGUCCCUACGUCUCGCACCUUCUUCCACUGGUUCUCCUUUGCUUUCACGACCGUCGACAACAUCCAUUGAAGGAUUCACUCAUUCAGAUUGUGAGGCUAUAUUUUUGUUACCAAUUUUAUCUAAUACAUCGAAAAUUUUUACAUAG